AUGCCGUCCAACGCCCACUCUCCCGUUAAAAGCUCCCGCUGCAUUUUCGUUGGAGCAAGAGAGAGACAAAACAAACAUCAUCGACGUUUUAGUUUCAGACGACUGUCCCUCCGUUUCCAUCCCGAGCGACGUUUGACCGCACAGGAGCAGGACGAAGUCGACGACAAAGUUGCCUCGCGAAAAGCCGCAUUUGCCGUCGUAGCCGAAGCUUACGAGGUCCUGUCUGAUCCUCUGAGAAGCGUUUAUGAGCAGUUCGGCGAGGAGGCCAAGAAGGGAGUUUGCGGAUCAGACGGCCAAAUUUCACCGUAUGUCUUUCAUGGAGAUCCGCUGAAAACUUACAGAGAAUUCUUUGGUACGGAGAAUCCUUACGCUGAUUUACUCGACAACAACGUCAAUCGCGUGCCACUCCACGACUGCCCGAAAAUUCGGAAAAAAGAUGAGCCUAUCGUCAAACCUCUUCCUCUUACUUUGCACGAAGUAUUCCACGGCGGAGUGAAGAAGAUGAAGAUGCAGCGUCGGGUCCUCGGGGACGAAGCAAAGUGCGCGCGAACGGAGGAGAAGAUUCUCUCGGUGCGGAUAAUGCCGGGAAUGCCGUCGGGAGCAAAAAUCGUCUUCCCCGAGGAAGGCGAUCAGACUGCGAGCAGGAUUCCCGCGGAUAUAGUAUUCGUGACGGAGGAUAAGCCGCACGAGGUAUUCAAGAGAGACGGUUCAGAUCUGAAAAUGACGGUAGAUAUAUUCCUAAGCGAAGCCUUAACCGGGACCAUUGUCACCGUGAGAACAGUCGACGAAAGGCUGCUACGAGUGCCGAUAACGUCGGUCAUCUCGCCAGACUACGUAAAAACAGUCCAAGGCGAAGGUCUGCCGCUCGUCGACGAUCCAAGCAGCCGAGGCAACUUGAUCAUCAACUUCAACAUUGAGUUCCCGUCGUACUUACCACCGUCCAGUAAAAACUACGUGCGAAAAGCUUUCGAAGCACAGUACGCCGACAACCACGCUGAGGAUAUCGGCGAAAGCGGUUUCGGUGUCGACCAAAUGCGUCGGAUAGUGUUGGCUGGGAAAACCUACAUGAGAGCUGAUAAAUUAUCGCAGAUCUGUACGCCUUGACGAUCUUUUUCUUUUGUUGAUUUUUUCUCUUUCGUUUCUUUAACUGAAUAAAUCAUUGA